AUGCCUGCUCCUGUUUCUCUCGGAUCCUACUCCUACGUCCAGGAGACGAAGGAAAACCUUGAUUGGGCCGAGCUCGUCACUCUUGAUCUCUCGCUGUACGACACUCCAGGGGGCAAGAAGGAGUUGGCUAGUUUCCUUCUCAAGGCUCUUCGCGAGAAGGGCUUUUUCUACGUGAAGAACUUUAAUAUCUCCCAGGAAGCCGUCAACCGCCAGUUCGCUCUUGGAAAGGAGUUCUACGAGCUUCCCCUUGAAGAGAAACUCAAGUACGUACCCGAAGGUCUUGAUGACGGGAAGUUCAACGGAUAUGUUCCCGCUGGGCGCCGUGUCGUGGACGCAGCUUCGGGUCUCAGAGAUCGCGUUGAGGUCUACAACAUCCCAAAAUUCAACGGCUCCUUCAAGCACGAACACCCUGAGCUCCUGAAGGAACACAUCCAGGAGAUUGAGACUUUUGCUAGGUCCCUUCACACUGAAGUUUUGGACCGUCUCCAUGUACUUCUUGCCAUCGCUCUUGAGCUACCAGAAGAUUAUUUCAUCAACAUCCACCAAUACGAAGUGAAGAGCGAGGAUCACCUUCGUUAUAUGAAGUACAGCAAGUACACACCGGAGGAGAAUGAGAAAAUCGGCAACGUCUGGGUUCGUGGUCACACCGACCUCGGGAGUUUCACCCUCCUCUUCCGUCAGCCCGUCGCCGCGCUCCAGAUCAGGGACCCGGUCCACAACGAGUGGAAGUGGGUCAAGCCGCAAGACGCCACCUUGACCGUGAACGCCUGUGAUGCUCUCUCGUUCUUGACCGGCGGCUAUGUGAAGAGCACCAUUCAUCGUGUUGUAGCUCCUCCCAAGGACCAGCAGCACGUCGACCGUCUCGGAUUGCUCUACUUCUCUCGGCCCCAUAACGAUGUCGUCCUGAGAACUGCCAAUGAGUCUCCUGUGCUGCAGCGAGCGGGUUACACCCAGAACUCGUUCGAGAAGUCUGGAAACCAUGUCCCAACCUCCGAAGAAUGGACAUUCGCCAAGCAGAAGUGGCAGCGCACCAAGAACGUCCCGACGAACGACCCAAAGCACGGCACUGCCGUCAUCCUCCCGGGCUUCCAGGAGCAACUUUACGCCUGA